GCAAUUGCAAGCUUCUUGAAUAUAUGCAUCAGACUAAAAAAUCCUAGAUGACAAUAGUACAUACUAAGCAAGAUGGCUAACCUGCUUUGAUUUUAAUCAGACAACUCGUUGAUGGACAUCAGAAAAGAAUACACACCGAGAACAGAAUCUGCACAGAGGACAGGAAAAGCAAUAGUAGAAGUAUAGAUCAGAGCUUCUCUUCUCAAAAAAAUUAGUAACUGUAUGGUCAUGAACCGUGGCAGUACUGAUCACUUAAAACCAAAUCUCCAAUUGGCAAUGGUUUAAGAUCAAGCACAAAUUACAUAAAUAAACAAAAUGACUUUGAGACUCAAUAAAGUUACAGUGAUCAAGGAUUAAGGAACUGAAAUGAAUGAUGAAUUUGGUUCGAUGCAUAUAUUAUUGCAAAUGAUAGAGGACUAUAGUGCUGAUAACCUGCUGAUAUAUUGAGUUUGGGAAAUACUUAUAUGAUAACACACGCGUGUGACUCAUAAUUCCAACUUCGAUUCGUCUCUGAAAAAACUCAAGGAAGGCGCAAGAAAACUAAUUUACAGUCAAGUGCAGGAUACAAUAAAGAAGCAUCAGAGUAGAGGAAGUCGGGUAGGAGGGAUCUGGAAGAAACUGGUAUGGAAAGGGGAUUGGAACAGGUCGCAACCAACGACAAUGACUGCAGAUGUGGCUACGACGUGCGGCACCAACAGGCUAUGCGUUUCAACAACAGAGACUUCAGAUUCAUCCCAUCAAUCUCACUGGCUUUCCUGGUAUAUGGCCAAUUGGUGCCUCACUAUUGACCCUCUUUGGAUUGUUGUCCUCGUCUCCCUUAUGUUCCCCAAGGAAGAUCUGCAUCCAAGUUGCGCCUAAACAAAAUCCACCUGUUAAUCUCCCUCCUCGAUCUGCGGAGAGCUCGGGUGACCGAUAGUGGAAUCCUCACGGCCUACUCCUCCUAGCCUCUUUCUUGAACUCCUGAGAUGAGACCGACCGGGGACCUGUAGUAUACAGCAAGGUAGAACCGAUGAGCCACCCACAAUGAAUCGGGAUACUCCUCCAUGAGGAGGAAGAAUGAAAUUCAUCUGCUUCUUUGCUGCAAAGAGGUAAUGGGAGGUAGAAGAAUGGCAUUCAGUGGAGAAGGUGAAGAGGGAGACGGGAAUCAAUUGUGGGAGAGUAAUUAGCGUCAAGAAUAUGGAGAGUUUCCGUGGAGAAAGAUUGGAGGCGAUCCGACCCAUAGAGCUGUCGGACGCGAGCUGACGGUGGUUGGAGUCGCAGGAGGGCCCUCAUGCGGUGAGGAGAAGUUUCUUCUUUUUUCUGAGAGAAAGGGCUUGGUUAUAUUUUUUUCUGUAUCAGAGAGAGGGCUCGGUCGCUAAUGUAUGGUUGGAAAGAGAAAGGGACGGUCCAAACUGGACGAAUGACAUGCAUGUACAUGUUCAGUUUUGCUUACCUGGCUAGAUUGCUGACGUGGGAUGGGUGCAUGUCUAGGAAAUGAAGUAAUACAUGUGUGGGGCUUGUGUGGUGAGGUGGAUAGCUUGCAUGUUAAGAUAAAUAGGUUAGGGGGAUGAAUCUCUUAGGUAUAUAAGAUUACCACUCUAAAUUAUGUGUCAAUUAAAUUCCCUUUAUUGUGCAUUUGUGUUAUGGCAUGCAACUUACAACUAUGCAAUAUUCUGAAUAACAAUUACCAGACACCCUAUCUCUUAGUAUAUCAUAAAUGCACUUUACAUGGCCUUGUACAUAACUGAAGUCCUUAACUGCCAUUUAAUUAUAUACUUAUCCAUACACCGAGUAAUUAGGCAAAUAAUACGUUUUGCUAUAUAUAGCAUGAAACUGCCAACAGUCGACUAUGACAUCAGUAGUGAAGGUGGAGAAUUUACUACAAUCCAUAGUGGGCUUGAUAAAUUCAUUAUAUUAGAUAUUUAGUGAUCUGAUUUGUGGUGAGGAAAACAGAUUUUGACUGUUAAAUGACCAUGGUAAACAUUUAUCGUCCAUUGAAUUGUAUGAACUCAACUCGUACUGGCCUUCUCUCCAUUAGUGUGGUAGAGCACCUUUUUCAUGGCCUCUUCUUCCUCUACUAUAGCUGCCGGGACAAGCAACGGUGUUGGUGCUAGCGGGUUUAGCUGAUUCUCCAACUUCCUAAUUUUCUUCUCCAUGGUCGUACUUCUGCAAGGGUUCAAGGCACUAUUUGAUAAGCCGUGUAGCAUACCAUCGGCGCGCAUGUGCGACCAUCGCAUUCGGCUCCUGCCAGGAACAUCCCCUAUUGCAGUUCACCUAUACUGUUACCCUGAGUUCUAGAAGGAUGAGAUUGAACGCCAAUGCGAGGAUAUGCUCCAACAAGCUGGGGACUGUGUGCUAAUGAGAUCAGCUGAUACAUCAAAGCCACCAUAUGUGGCAAAAGUUGAGUCCAUUGAGGCAGCAGGGUCUCGAGGCACAAAUGUGAGAGUACGGGUUCGAUGGUACUAUCGUCCAGAAGAAUCCAUUGGUGGGAGGCGACCAUUUCAUGGUUCCAAAGAGGUAUUCCUCUCUGACCACUAUGAUGUACAGAGUGCUGACACAAUAGAGGGAAAAUGCAAUGUCCACAGCUUCCGUAGCUACACAAAGCUUGAUUCUGUGAAUGCCGAGGACUUCUUCUGUCGCUUUGACUACAAAUCAGCAUCUGGCAGUUUCGUGCCCGACCGUAUAGCUGUGUUUUGCAAGUGUGAGAUGCCGUACAAUCCUGAUGACCUUAUGAUCCAAUGUGAGGAAUGCUCUGACUGGUUUCACCCUUCUUGUAUUGGAAUGACCAUUAAAGAAGCAAAGAAACGAGAACACUUUUUCUGCCAGAGCUGUACUGCUGAAAAUGGGAAGACAACUGAGAAUUUUCAUGAAGCCACGGCAGAGUCAGAAGAAAAGGUAUGCUGCUAUGGCAGCGGUGCUUGUUUUGGACCUGUGGUGGACCUCUUCAAAAGGGAACACAGCAUGCAUGUCACGACCUGUAUACUGAAAGCUUGGGUGAUCAGUUCAAAAUAAAUCAGGGAUUACAUAUUCUUUGUUCAUUUCUCAGGCUGGUGGAGUCGAAAAGGCGGAGAAGGUGAUGGGCUGGAUUAAUUUGAUGGAAUUCCCACACGGAUAUACAAACUACAUAGCCUUCUAGUAUGAGGUCUGUGGUGAUGUUUGUGGCAGUCUGUGACCCCUUCUAAUGUCAGGCAUGCAGUGUACAUAACGUGCAACCUGAGAUUGUUGUAUUAGGAGAAAAUAGAAUUUGGACGCUAGUGUCAGAGUUUGAGCAGUAUGGCACCAUCAAGAUCCCUUGUGAUCUUCCCUCAAAAAAAAAAAGAUCCCUUGUGAUCCAUUCUGCAAUGGGGCCUGAACAGCCUUUUACGUUUGUGAGAGUCGAAUCUUGUGUUGCCAUGUGGAAUGUUUGUCUUUGUUUCAGAGCAACUCGUGGUGCAGUAUCUGUGUAGAAGGGGAUCUGAUUUUUAGCAUUUGAUUUAGCUGUGUAAUUUUUAUAGAACUAUUGUCGCUUAAGAUCGUUAAUAAAGCUGGAAAAAUUGGUCUCAUAAUGUUGACAAAGAUUGGUAAUAAAGCACACUCCACUACA